AGAGAGAAUGUUGUCCCACUUUAUGGACGAGGGAGCCAGAAGCCCCAGGAUCCCAGAUUGAAAACUCCACCCCGCCCCCAGGGCCAGCGACCAGCUCCAGAGAGCCGAGGGGGAUUCCAGCCGUUUGGUGAUACUGGUGGCUUUCACUUCUCAUUUGGUGUUGGUGCUUUUCCCUUUGGCUUUUUCACCACGGUCUUCAAUACCCAUGAGCCUUUCCGCCGGGGUACAGGUGUGGAUCUGGGACAGGGUCACCCGGCCUCCAGCUGGCAGGAUUCCCUCUUCCUUUUUCUCGCCAUCUUCUUCUUUUUCUGGCUGCUCAGUAUUUGAGCUGUGUCUCCCUCCUGCCCACCUCCAGCUAGAGGAGAAUCAGUAUUGGGGGUCCCUGCUGACCCUUCCUUACUCCUGGAUCCCCCUGACCCCACCAUUUCUGUUGGAUAAGGCUAACCUUGGCCACUCUCCAGGAGGGUGUGGGGAGGAGGAGUGACAUCUGUGCAUAAAAUGGGAGAGGCUUCUGCUCUGAACUACCUGCUCAGUAGCACAGUAACUCCCAGCCCUAGGGGAGGAGGACAGACUGAAGAGAUUGUCUGUUUCUCCUCUCUUCUAAUCCUUUGCUUUCCCCCAGAUUUCUUGAUUUGAUGUUGAAAGGUGGGCAAGUCUUUCUCUGACUCUCCCCCACUUUCCCUCUUGUUGAUUAAUUUAAUUGUUCUCUUCCCAGUGCCUAAGUGUCUAAUAUGGGAUCUGACUCUAAGUGCUUACCUCAUUCCCCACCCCACCCCCACUACCUCCUUUAUUUCAAAUUCAAUAAAAAAGGUGAAAUGUGUUGA